GCAUAUGUAAAUGGGGAGGUUCGGAAAUAGUUUUGCCUACGUCCAGAAGAGAUGUUGUGACUUUUUUACUGUGUAAGACUGGUACAAUAGUGAAGAAAGUAUUUAUUUGUUACCAAUCGUAUACAACGCUUAAUUUGAUAUACCGAACAGCAUAUCAAACCCCGAUUACCUUACCAGCUAAUUGCCUUCCAGCAGCACCCAAUGUUUGGCCGAAAUUCUCUUACAUACGUUCACAUGCCAACUUGAUAACAUCAACAGUGUCCCUCGCUGGAGCAAGAAGCAUGAAUAGUAUUUUAUUUGAAAUAGCUUUUGACAACAACCAGAUAACUAUAUUAAAAAAGAAUUAUUUUAGUAAUUACACAGUUUUGCGUGUUUUAUCACUCAGCAAGAAUCAUAUAACAACAAUAGAAAUGGGCGCUUUGCCUUCUACUGGAAGUCUUGAAGUUUUAAAUAUUAACAACAAUUAUCUUGAUUGCAAUACUAGUUGCUUUCUCCAGGAUUGGAACAACGUGUGGGAAACUGUGUCCUUAUUGGCUAAGUAUAAUGCUGACAGAAACAUCUCCUCGAUCGACAGCGACCAACAGUGUUUAUGCACAGCGGCCAAUGAAGAAAUGUCGACAACAAUUCCAAGAGCAGAUGUACUAGGAUAG